CAUUUAAAACAAACUACGUAUUCCAGCUUAAGCAUUUAAUCCUUCUUUAGUAUUUUUGUUAAAAACUAGUUGGAAAAAAUGUCGGCACCAGUGUUAGUACUCAACCAAAACUCCAAGAGAGAGUCUGGGCGCAAAGUUCAGCUUGGUAAUGUUGCGGCCGCUAAAACUAUUGCGGAUGUGAUUCGGACAUGUUUGGGCCCAAGAUCUAUGCUUAAGAUGCUCAUGGACCCUAUGGGAGGCAUUGUGAUGACAAAUGACGGGAACGCUAUCCUCCGGGAGAUCACAGUCCAACAUCCAGCAGCAAAAUCGAUGAUCGAGAUUAGCAGGACACAAGAUGAAGAAGUGGGAGACGGGACGACUUCAGUGAUCAUCCUGGCAGGAGAGAUGAUGACGGCAGCAGAGCAGUUCUUGGAGCAGAAGAUGCAUCCGACGGUGAUCAUUGCUGCUUAUCGGAAAGCUUUAGACGACAUGCAGGAGAUUUUGGCAGAGCUUAGCGUGAGUAUUGACCCCACUGAGAAGUCAGAAAUGAGGAAGAUCGUAAAAAGUGCGAUUGGUACAAAGUUUAUCAACAAAUGGGCGGACCUGGCAUGCGAUAUGGCGAUCAAGUCUGUUUCGACUGUUGUGCUCGAUAAUCAAAGCACUGGCCGGAGGGAAAUUGAUAUAAAAAGGUACGCAAAGGUGGAGAAAGUGCCAGGGGGGAUUUUGGAGGAUUCUGAGGUUUUGGAUGGUGUGAUGGUCAAUAAAGAUGUGACACAUCCAGCCAUGAGGAGGAAAAUUGAAAAUCCAAGGAUUUUGCUCCUAGAUUGCUCUUUGGAGUACCAAAAGGGUGAGAGCCAGACAGAUAUGGAGCUAAGUAAUGAAACCGAUUUCGAGAAAAUUCUUCAAAUGGAAGAGGAGUACAUUAAGCGGGUCACAAGUGAGAUUAUUUCUCAUAAACCAGAUUUGGUGUUCACUGAAAAAGGGAUUUCGGAUCUGGCGCAAUAUUUCUUGUCAAAAGCGAAUAUCACUGCUAUUCGGAGAUUGAGGAAGUCGGAUAAUAAUAGAAUUGCUCGGGCUUGCGGAGGCACGGUGUGCUCCAGGCCUGAGGAGAUCAGAGAGGAGGAUAUUGGAACCGGAGCUGGGCUCUUCGAAGUCCGGAAGUUUGGAGAAGAGUAUUUUACCUUCAUCACGAAGUGUAAAGAUCCGAAGGCGUGCACUAUUUUACUCCGUGGAGCAAGUAAGGACAUCUUGAUGGAGGUGGAGAGGAAUCUUCAGGAUGCUAUGCAGGUGACGAGGAACGUGAUGAUCAACCCGCAACUUCUUCCAGGUGGUGGCGCUGUGGAGAUGGCUGUUGCUCAAAUAAUGAAGGAGAAGUCGAAAUCCAUGACGGGGGUGGAGCAGUGGCCGUAUCGAGCUGUUGCUGAUGCGUUGGAGAUCAUUCCACGUACGUUGAUACAGAACUGUGGGGCGAGCACUAUCAGAACCAUUACUGCGUUAAGAGCAAAGCAUGCAGCUGAUGGGAACCAAACCUGGGGUGUUAACGGAGAAACCGGGCAAAUUGCUGAUAUGAAGGAUUUAGAUGUUUGGGAGCCUGUCGCAGUGAAACUUCAAACUUAUAAAACAGCCAUGGAGACAGCUAUGCUGCUGCUGCGUAUCGAUGAUAUCGUGUCUGGAACUAAGAAAGCUGAAGGUGGAGAAGGGACUGGCAGUGCUGCACCAACUGGACAGUAAUAUUCAAUUUUGAAAUUCCAUAAAAAAAAUUCCAUUUUGCAUGAAAUUCGUGCAUGCUGUAAUGCAGUGUUGUGUGGCAUAGUGGGAUUCUACUACGCUCAUUUUGCUGUUGUUCGCUUAAAAUUCAUAAACUUGUAGUUCAAAUUGUUUGCCGUACGUUUUUCCCUCUAUGUAAGCUGCUAGAAAUUUCCUAAACCAUUUAAAAGUCGUAAAAACCUAAACCGUUUAUAUCUUUUUUGAAAUUCGUGAAAAACUGAAACUAUUUGUAUCCCCUUUGUUGUAG